UCCUUUCUUCAGGUCAGCAGGAAUAUGCGUCCAGGAAACCAAACCACCAUCUCUGAAUUCCUCCUCCUGGGACUCUCCAGCCAGGCAGAGCAGCAGAAGAUCCUCUUUGUGCUUUUUCUGGGAAUGUACCUGAUCACUGUGGCUGGGAAUGGACUCAUCAUUCUAGCCAUUGGCUUGGAUUCUUACCUCCACACUCCAAUGUAUCUCUUCCUUGCCAAUCUAUCCCUUGCUGAUAUUUCCUCCAUUUCCACCUCGGUUCCCAAAAUGUUAGUGAAUAUUCAGACCAAGAGCCAAUCCAUCUCCUAUGGGAGCUGCAUCACCCAGAUGUACUUUUCUAUCGUGUUUGUUGUUAUUGACAAUUUCCUUUUGGGGGUCAUGGCCUAUGACCGCUUUGUGGCUAUCUGCCAUCCCCUGAACUAUGUCACCAUCAUGCAACCCAGACUCUGUGCUCUGCUCACCAUCCUCCCCUGGGUCCUCAGCAACAUCGUUGCCCUGACCCACACCCUCCUGCUCCUUCGACUGCUCUUCUGUGAUGGCAACACGAUCCCACACUUCUUCUGUGACCUGGCCCCUCUGCUCAAACUAUCCUGCUCAGACACGAUGAUCAAUGAGCUCAUGCUGUUUGUCGUGGGCUUAUCGGUCAUCACCUUCCCCUUUGCCCUGAUCUUCUUCUCCUAUGUCUGCAUCGUCAGGGCUGUCCUGAAAAUCUCAUCCACAGAGGGAAAGUGGAAAGCCUUCUCCACCUGCGCUUCUCACCUAAUGGUUGUGUUGCUCUUCUAUGGAACUAUCGUAGGGGUUUAUUUCUUCCCCUCAGCCAUGCACCCUGAGGACACAAACAAGAUCGGUGCAGUGCUGUUCACUGUGGUGACGCCCAUGGUGAACCCCUUCAUCUACAGCUUGAGGAACAAGGACAUAAAAGGUACCCUGAGAAAGCUUGUCAAUAGGAAAAGCUUCUGCCCUCUGAUGCCCUGA